UUGUUCUAAAUUGCAGAUGCACAAAGGAAAAACAUUUUGCACGGAGUAUGAGAAAUCAAAGGUUCUUGCAGAUAGAAUCGCAUUGCAGGCAGCAGCAGAGGGGGUGCCAAUAACCAUUGUCUAUCCAGGAGUCAUCUAUGGUCCUGGAAAACUUACAACUGGAAACCUUGUUUCCCGCAUUUUAAUUGAAAGGUUCAAUGGCCGUCUACCUGGCUACAUUGGAGAUGGGUAUGAUAGAGAAUCAUUUUGCCAUGUCGACGAUGUUGUUAGUGGGCACAUUGCAGCUAUGGAGAAGGGCAGAGUGGGAGAAAGAUAUCUGCUCACCGGCGAAAACUUGUCAUUCAUGCAUAUUUUCAAUAUGGCUGCUAAUAUCACAAACACAAAGGCCCCGUACUUCCACGUACCACUCUGGCUGAUUGAAAUAUAUGGCUGGAUUUCAGUUUUCAUUGCUCGAAUCACUGGAAAGCUCCCUCUUAUCAGUUACCCCACGGUUCGUGUUAUUAGACAUCAAUGGGCGUAUUCAUGUGACAAAGCAAAGAGGGAACUGGGCUACAAUCCAAGAAACUUGACUGAAGGUCUAGCUGAGAUGCUUUUAUGGCUGAAGAACGAGAAACUGAUCAAAUUUUAGUGUACUUUGCUAUUGCUUCCGUUACAUUUCACACUUCAUGUAGACCGUGAUGUUCUAUGUACUAGAAUCAUCAACAUGUAUAUACUGCAGUAUGCCACUGUCUUGUUGUAUCAAGUUGAGAUGUAAUAAUGUAAUACUGAGUCCGUAUUCAGAUAAAGGAAG